UUACGAGUUGCAAGGUACAUCUUCGCUUUUCUCUCUGCUUCCUUCCACAUUACCUUUUCCAUCAUUUCUAUUCAAUAAUUAACACUGAAAUGUUUUCUUUACUGAAGCAGUGCUCCCAGAAGGUUUUUUACAUCUUCUCUGGGUUAUUUCAUUUUCCUUUUAUCUGAACUCUUGAAAGACCUUGUCUGUUAUUUUUGUUUCUUUUCUGUUUUUUAUGUAGCUGCUAAUGUUGAUUGUAGAAAUAUAUGAAAAUACAGAUAGGGGAAAUAUCACUUAAAGGAAAUCAUAGUAUUUAUCAAUCCAGACCUAGGCUGUACGCACACCGCCAACACUCCCUCAAACACAUACACACAAAUUGUACACACACAGGCAUAUAGAUAUAACUUUCUUCAUGCUAAAUUAUAAAUACAUACAUAUUCAUGCUAUGUGUAUUUCUGGAUAACCUAUUGUUUACUAACAGGAUUUAAAGGACAGCUCCCCAUUACCAUAAAAAUAUUUACAUCAACAUUUUUAAUGUCUGCAGGUAAUUUCAUGAAGCCAAUCUUCAUACUGUUGAGCAGUGAAACUCUUUCUACCUGCUUAAUAUUAUUAAGGAAAAAAAUUGCCAUGCCUUGAAUAUCCUUAUACAUCUUUAUGCAUCUGUCCAACUCUUAGGAUAAAUUCCUAGACACAGCACUGCUGAACGUCAGGACAUACUCAUUUUUAGAGAUAUGAUAACAUACUGAUAACUUUCCAUCCAGAAACGUGGCACUUUUCAUCUAACCCUUCAGCAGAUAAUCUGAAUGUGCAACUACCCCACAUAUUCCCAACGCUGGAUGAGUUGGCAGAAGGGUUUUUAAGCAGAGUUGCAGAAUAGCUUUUACACAAAAAACACCGAGAGACGAGAACAUAUUGGAUCAGUCUGUGUUUCAUAUACUGAAACAAUUCUGAGCACUCUGGUUAGGAAGGCAGGUUACAAUCCUGAUGUUGUGAGAAGGACCAUGGCUGAAUAGAAAGUGUCUCCAGUUUUGGAGAGCCGGACCACGCACCAGGAACUAUUGUUUUGAUCGAAUAGACCUGAUAAAGGAGCAGUGGCGAACAUUAUUUAGACAGCCUAGGUGGCUGUCACUUCUCCAAGUAGGUUAAGUAAAAGAAAGGCUACACAGGUUAAUUAAAAGGUAACAGCAUGCAGUUGGACACAGCAUUAGGUAAUUGCUUCUUCCACUUGGACAGCUAUGCAGUGCAUAUUACAGGGGUCUAGGAAAAAAAUAAACUUGUGUGACAAAGAUGAGACACUUGUACCUACAGCUGGAGUGCUCUUCUGUUAUCCCCACAUUAAGGUAUUUAUAAGCCUGGAUGCGUAAUGUAACAUUUUGAAAUUACCUACAAACACUGAACGGCUAUCCUGGCAGGCUUGGGUUGUUUUAAUUGUAUGGAAAAGAUGACAUUUACAAAACCCUUUUUAUUUGAUAAGUUUCACAUAUACACAGGAGCAGCACAGUGAAUGGCCACGUACCCGUGACCCAUUUACAACCAUCAUCAGCCACUGUUGUUUCAUUUAAACCCUACCUACUUCAGCACCGAACUACAUCGAAGCCAGUCUUUGACAUCAUAUCAUUUUACUUGUAAAUAUUUCAGUGUAUAAAAAGGUGAUUUGGGGUGAUGGGUCCUAAUCAAUUAAAUUUUCUGAUUUAGCGUUAUCGGAAUAUCUUUGUAAAAUCCUCAACCUCAGCAAAAUGACUGCUCUGAGCUACAGAUUCCUGUUCUGUAGAAGGGAUACUAAUAAGACGUGGACACGGUAGCCGUACUGGGAGGAUUACUGAAGAUAGUUCAAGGUCUUCCAAGCUAAGAUAAUUUUUUGGAACUGCAGAAGUGGUCCUAGCUACCAAUGGGAAUUUGGAGUCACUCUGAAAUACAUCCUGGAAUAAUUGUGUUUGACUGGAACCAAAUCUUAUGAAGUCUCCAAGGAUGAGAGUCUGUGCUAGGUCGGUCUUGCUGUCUCACUGGCUCUUUCUGGCCUAUGUGUUAAUGGUGUGCUGUAAGCUGAUGUCUGCCUCCAGCCAGCAUCUCCGGGGACACGCAGGUCACCACCAAAUCAAGCAAGGGACCUGUGAGGUGGUCGCAGUGCACAGGUGCUGUAACAAGAACCGCAUAGAGGAGCGAUCACAAACGGUCAAGUGUUCUUGCUUCCCAGGACAGGUUGCUGGCACAACUCGGGCUCAGCCUUCUUGUGUUGAAGCUUCCGUUGUGAUUCAGAAAUGGUGGUGUCACAUGAAUCCUUGCUUGGAAGGAGAGGAUUGCAAAGAGCUGCCAGAUCACUCAGGUUGGUCCUGUAGCAGUGGCAAUAAAGUCAAAACUACAAAGGCAAGUAUAGACAAAACCCAACAGUAAUCUACAACCUCAGUAUACCAUUACCUGUGGGGUC